CAUUGCUCCAUUGGUCGGUAUUGUUGUAUUGGUUGUGCGCUCAAUCUUCGCAAUCUGUUCCGUCUGUGGCCUAGAUUUAGCCCUCGAGCAAGCAGCAAGGACUUGUGAGAUUGGAUUUAGCAGCCUGAUUUGCCUAUCUGCCGUUUUGGUAGAUUCGGGUGUACGGUUGGGAAAAGCCCCCGCUGGAUUUGCGCAAGCGCGGCUGCCUCGUGCUCUCUCACUAUAUGAAUGUGGAUAAGCUCAAGAAGAUGGCGGGCGCUGUGCGCACCGGAGGAAAGGGCAGCAUGCGCAGGAAGAAGAAGGCAGUUCACAAGACCACAACCACCGAUGACAAGAGGCUUCAAAGUACUUUAAAAAGAAUCGGAGUGAACACUAUUCCUGGUAUUGAGGAGGUCAACAUUUUCAAGGAUGAUGUUGUGAUCCAAUUUCAGAACCCUAAAGUGCAAGCAUCCAUUCCUGCAAAUACAUGGGUAGUCAGUGGAGUACCACAGACGAAAAGUCUGCAGGACCUGCUGCCAACGAUUAUUAACCAACUGGGCCCUGAUAACCUGGACAACCUUCGGAGGCUUGCUGAGCAGUUCCAGAAGCAGGUGCCUGGUGCUGAGACUGGUGCCAGCGCAGCUGCACAGGAUGAUGAUGAUGUCCCUGAGCUUGUCCCGGGAGAGACAUUUGAAGAGGCCGCCGAGGAGAAGAAGGAACCAGAGCCUGAAGAGAAGAAAGAAUCAUAAUUUUGCACAUCUCAUCCAUUGUUGCCAUCUGCCAUGAGAGACGUGCUCUUCCGUGAACUCUGAGUCUCUGACGUGCCUUAUUGGUCUCCAUGUGCUCCAGUUUUCAGUUUUACAAGGAUUUGGUCGAAUCCCAGUCAAAUUGAGUUUUGCAACAAGUGUGUGUUUCACGUUUGCAAGUUAUUUUUUGAUUACGAGAAAUGUGUAGAGCUGUAAUCUAGUGGAGGCUUAAGCUGCAAAUGAUGGGUGGUGAUGAUGGAUGAGAGCUCCUAAGCACUUUUGAGUUUCCUUUAAAGUUCUGAA